AGUUGAUGAUGAAGAUUGCAUAAUGCAGAUGGUUUUGCUUGACCGCGAUGCAAUAACGUACAAACUUUCUGAGAAGAACAGUACACCCGUGUCCGUGAGUGACAAACCAAUACAACAUUAAUCUUCAAGGAAAAUGGAGACAUCUUCUUGGGAUCUUUUCAUGGGGAAAGGGUUGAACCUCAGUGAGAUCAUUUCUUCGACAAGCUGGAAAACUCCUCCAACCAUGGCCAUGCCACAACAUUCACCAGCGAUGUGGCCAUCAUCUCCGUGCCCAUCGCCGCCUAUGUCUCCAUGGCCAGCUUUAUCUCCCCCUAUGUCUCCAUGGCCAGCUCUAUCUCCCUCAAGCACCGUACCACCAUCAGCUUCACCACCACCAUCAGCAUCAUCAUCGCCGCAUGAAGAUGAGUUGAUAUUUCGAUCCAGCUUUACCGACACCCUAUCUGUCUCUUAUGAGAAGAAGCGAUACCUCAACACUUACUGCGUGUUCUGUAAGAACAACAAAGAAACUCUUUGCUUCUACAGCUCUCAUGUCCUGAAGGAUGAUUUGGGGAACGUUCAAUGUCCUGUUCUUAGGGCUUACAAGUGUCCUAUUUGUGGGGCGAAGGGUGAUAAUGCGCACACCGUCAAGUAUUGUCCUCAAAAUUCCAGUUCAUCAAAAGCCGAGAAGCUGACCAAAUCAUCAGGUUGCUGGUCGGAUUACCCAUCACCCCCGGGAUUUUUUUAA